GGUCGCAAUGUCGCUUUAAGACAGAGUGCGUCUCAAACAUCUACCUAUGUGGAGAUAGGGAUUGAUACCCAAGCAUCAAACGCCAUCGAUGGCAAUACAAAUGGGAGUGUAGUUUACAACACCUGCUCACACACGGCCCACGAAGAUCAAUCCCCCAGUUGGAAUGUGAAGUUUGAUCGCCCUCAAGCUGUCUACAGAUUUCUUUUGUAUAAUCGAUUUUUUAAU